AUGUCUACUCAGCCAGAUACAACGCUUGAAGCACUCUUCAAUGCACUCAUUGAUUCUCGAGAAUGCCCAGAAAGUUUCACCGCGCAACCUGAUCCAGGUACUCAUGCGACCUUCGAUAAUGAAACUCAAGGUAACUUGACUGGAGUUGGUUCACAGUUACCAGCGAGUCAAGCCUCAGGUGGGAUACCAACACCCGGUGUAUCACAAACCUUUGAACCUCGAGCAUGGGGAAGUAGUCAACCUCAUCAUGACUACAAUGCACAAGAAUUGGGAUGUAAUCCAACCCUGGCGGGUCACUCUCAACGUUUCAACGAUGACGUUCAAGCUUUGUACCGUGAUGUACACACUAGGCCCGCUGAGACACUCUAUACUGGUAGCUUUGAAGCUUCGCAUUCCGGUGUCAAUGAAUUGGGCGGUUUGCGUAUGGACAACGAAGCAAGCGUCCAUUCAACGGCUAUAAGACGUUGGAAUGGUGAUCAUACGAGACCUGGGAGGCAGCAGCCUGGACGACUUAUGGUGUACGAGUUGUAUGACUUUACCGGAGAGCCCACGGUGGAAAACUCCGAAGCAAGGAAUAUAUUAGCGCAAGAGCUUGUAGAAGAAUCAGAUCGUUAUCUUUCUUCCCAUUUAAUUCCUGACAGUAUUAGAGACAAUAGCCAAUCAGUGGUCUCAAAUUCGGACGAUGGGUCAUCAGCUCCUCAAAAUAAAAGACUGAGGAUGAGCAACAACCCAAUUCAGGGCGGUAUUGCCGUUCUUCGUAUGAAUGCCUCCGAGCCAGGACAAACAGCCAAACGUUUUUCCGAUCUAAACCAGAGAGCAUCGAAUGCCUAUGCGAAGAAAGGAAUACCUCUGUCAGAGCAACGUUUGACCAAUUCCGCCGUAUUCGCCGAAGACAUGGAGACCCUCUUGUGCGAGGGUCCAUUAGUCAAAACUAUUGAUCAUUCUAAGAUCAAUAUCUCUGAGCACAGUGAUGAAACUGGCAGCAAGUUCGCGACUACAAUCGCAGCGAAGGAUGUGGGUGAUGUCUUGUACUCAAGACGGGCAACCACUGCACGUCUCGAGAAGCUACGAGGAAAGAGUCAAUAUAGUUAUUACCCGAUAACGUUUAUCACAGCUGGUCCAAAGAGUGAAGAUGGGACGACAAGUACUUUACCAUUAUGGAGAUGUCACUGCGUGAAGUGCGUUUUAGCGUUUGGAGUUGAUUUUUCCGAGAUUGAGGGUAGACCUCGCAGAAAUCCGAAGAGCCUCUGUUGA